ACGAGCUCUUGCCUACGGAGAGACGAACAUGGAACCAAGGCCAGAUACUAAACGUGUGAUGCGUCCGCGUCGCCCGCCUCGUCCGCCUCGUCCGCCUCGUCCUGUGUCGUGCCACUAUUGCCGCUCCAAGAAGCUGCGAUGCAGUCGCCAGUUCCCCUGCGAUAACUGCGCCGUGAAAGGUCUAACCUGCCAGCUCUACGACCCAGCCAGAGGGCCGCCUCUUGGUGAAGAAACCCAACAGGAAAUCCCCUCCGCGUUGAUCCGUUUCAGCUCUGGCAAUUCGUCCAGAAUGCGGUGGUCGGCCAAAGAAGGUCUUAGCGCGACCAACAAUGUCCAACUAGCUAGCUGGACGAAGGAGAACACCACUCCGGCACCAAAUCUACAAUCAGACACUGCUGCUGACGACGUCAAACUGCUCGAGUCGGGUAUGAUGGAUCAAAGUUCGGCGGCCCUUUUCUGCCCGGACAAGAUUGUGUGCCGGACGUGUCCGGUUCGGCAGAUCACAAGGACCACUUCUUAUACAUACCUGGAUCCACCUACCCCCUCUUACACCGUUGAGCCCGUCAAAUGCGUCUGGCUCCCACGGCGCGAAGAAGCCAAGGUCUUCGUGGACAAGUAUCUCCGCGAUAUUACUUACAUUCACCAUGUCGUCCAUGCUCCAUCUCUACGAAAGCUGGCGGACGGCAUUUACCACGAGCUGGAUCAACGUCAGCCCAUUCAGCCCGGCCGUGUGGCUUUGCUAUUGAGCAUCGUGGCCAGUGCAACGUUUAUAUGGACGACCCAGGACGACCACAAUUUGUAUCGCUCGGUGGACGAUGCGAGAAACCAAUCCGCCUCCUGGGUGAUUGCAACCUUGGACAUGCUCGACCACUCACGCAGGACUACCAAUGGCUCUAUCGAAGACGUUCAGGCACUGAUACUUGUAUCAUUCCUAGUCUGCAACAUGGAAGGCACGUCGCUCCGAUAUUUUGAGCUGGUGUCUAGAGCUAUAACUACAGCGCGACAAUUAUAUCUGCACCGGAUUGACCACCCAUCGCGUCGUCCACAAAUCGAUUCGAUCCAAGCCGAGGUCGGACGAAGGGUCUGGUGGUAUCUUGCCGCGCUGGACUGGAUUCUGAGCAGAUUCCCGGGACCUCAUGAAGGGAUCUGCACCGUGCAGCCACGGCAGAUGAUGGUCAACAAGCCGCGCAACAUCCCGGACGAACAUGUGGUGGAGGGUCUUCCCCUCGUCGGAUUGCACAUAACACAACCCACAUCAAUGUCGUACUUUUUGCAGAGAGUACGACUUGGAGAGCUCUGUUACCAGGCCAGCAACCAAUCCUCAACCGACAAUUGGGAAAUUGCCACUUCUGACGAGAUCAUGGAGGUCGACGCCCAGUUUGAGAAGUUCAUCAGUGACUUCCCCCCCUUCUUCAACCUUGAAGACGACGGUGAUUCAACGAGCGCCGACAGAGCCUCCAAAGACCCCGCAAUCAUUGUCCAGGCUUACAUCCUCACUGGCAUGGUGCAAGCGCGGCGCUGCAAGCUUCACCUCCCAAGCCUGUCGCGCAGCCCGGCCGAGCCGAGGCUGGCCCGAUCACGGCAGAUUUGUCUCGAUGCCGCGCGAACGAUCAUCGCGGCCGAGCGACGCCUGGAGAAGGAAACCGCCAUUCCCUUUGCGCUGAGCCGGUUCAGGUUCGGCGGGACGCUGUACUGCCUCUUCCUGGCCAUCGUCACCCUGUUGUUGGACGUUUGUCUGAACAAGGCCGCCGCCGUUGAUCAUGAGGAUCGACGCAGGUCGGAGCUGGCGCAGGCAUUCCAGAUCCUGGAGGAGGCCCAAUCCCAGACGGCCAUCGCCACGACCUUGCUCGAAUCUCUCCAGAGGCUGGUCCACAAGUACAAGGUCUCAUUGCCCGCAGUGGGCCAGGAUGUUUCGAUCAACAGGCCCGUAAUGCCACCUGCUGACAUGCCUUAUGGGCUCGGAACUGGAAGGAGCAACACUGUCCCGGACCCGGAUGUGUCGAACCCCGAAUUCCCCUUCUUCGACGAAGUCUGGCAGACGUUUGAGGGUGGAAUGCAGCUGGACGAGUUGGACCUGGAGAGCAUAUUUGCGGACAUCAACAGUUUUAUGUGAACCCCCGUGGUGCACGAAGCACGCAGAGAGCCCUUGUAUCCGUGAAGAAAAAUGGGUAGAAUUUUCCAUUAGAGUGAACAUGGAGUUUUGCGCGGGAGAAAAUCGGCCUGCUUUUCCCAUCCAUAAAAACGCUACCGUUUUGCGCUCG